GGCACAGAAAUAGAACGUAUUUCUUUUUCUUGGCAUCUCUAGCUCUCUUUUUCAACCGAGAGCGCAGUGAAAUCGUCCAGCUUCAAACUAUAACCUUUUUUUCAGGGUCACGCCAGCUUCAGUUGUAAUUGCUCAUAUAGUGAGCAGAUUUUGAAGGCGAAAGCUUUUAUUAAAAUGAUCCCUUCUAUUUUGGGGGUGGGUUAUUUUUCUCUGUUUGAGAACGAGCCUCGUUUUAAAUUGUACAGCUCGUUGGUACAUACCGUGUAGUAUUCUGAAACACUCGGGCACCCGCUGCAGUGCACGGACAUAUAAAUUAUUACCUUUGUUUUGAACAAGUUGUUGAACGCACCGAAUGUCACUUCAAAUCCAAAAUGGCGAACAUGCGAGGUCACAUAUCGUGGCCCAAUCAGAACGCGACAGUGCUGUGUACCCCACGUGGGACUGACGCGCCGUGAUUGGUCUUCGGCGCUAAACUCCUCCGGAGAACCCAAUUGGUUAGCGCGAGGCCCCUCUCUCGGCAGUCGGGUCCUCGUGUCAGUGCACAGUCUGUGUGUGGUACAGCGCGCGGCAGAGGAACUGGGUACCCAACUGCAGGCUGGCGGUGCGUUUCACAACGGCCGACAUUUUAAACAAGAAAAAAAAAAAAACCCGCUUGACUCGCAAAAUAAUAAUCUCUGGACUUACUGGAAGAGUUUCGAGCUGCUACUGGAUCUAACAGAGGCUUUCUUUGAAGUUGUCUGCGGUCAAAAACUCGUCCCAGUCGAGGGGUUUCCAGCGUCCGAGCGGACUGAGCGACGCUCUCAGUCUCGGGAAUCACCGGGGUUUUUAAAGGACUCUCAAGGGGGAAAAGAAGAGCAAAGAAGUAUAUGAAAAACAGAAACGACGACGGACAAUUGUCCGCCCUCUUAUCAAUUCUGUGGUGAACGUUACAGAUUACCGGAUAUUAAGCUGCGUGUGGAUACUAUUUUUUUCCAUAUAUAUUCUUCUUACCUGUGCAGAGGAGAGGAGGAGAAGAAUCAGUCGAGACAAAGGUACAAAAGAAAGGAGCUGAUCCAUCCGCUGGGCUGGCUCUGAGUGUGCGCCUCGCAGCCGAGAACGAGGCUUUGUCCGCCGCCAUCCUGCGCAUAUCGGGGAGGGGGUGGCGGGGAUUUACCGCACCUUCGCUGGGAUUACGGAAAGAAAGCACGAGAAAAACAACACACCGACUCCCUUGUGGAAAAAGGACUCGACAUGUAUCCACAAGGCCGGCAUCCGGCUCCUCACCAGCCAGGGCAGCCUGGCUUCAAGUUCACAGUAGCAGAGUCCUGCGAUAGGAUCAAAGACGAAUUUCAGUUCCUGCAGGCCCAGUACCACAGCCUUAAAGUAGAAUACGACAAACUGGCCAACGAAAAGACGGAGAUGCAGCGUCACUACGUCAUGUACUAUGAGAUGUCCUACGGGCUUAACAUUGAGAUGCACAAACAGACUGAGAUUGCCAAGCGCCUCAAUGCAAUUCUGGCUCAGAUCAUGCCAUUCUUGUCACAAGAGCAUCAACAGCAGGUGGCUCAGGCUGUUGAACGGGCCAAGCAGGUGACAAUGACUGAGCUGAAUGCUAUCAUCGGGGUACGUGGACUUCCCAAUCUGCCUCUGACUCACCAGCAUCCGCCUCGUGGCGUCUACCCAGCCUUCACGCAGCAGCAGCUUCAGGCUCAGCACCUCUCUCACGCUGCCCACGGUCCCCCGGUCCAACUGCCCCCUCACCCUUCAGGCCUGCAGCCGCCCGGCAUCCCCCCCGUGACGGGCGCUGGCUCCGGCCUGCUGGCUCUGGGCGCUCUUGGCAGCCAAGCCCACCUGCCUGUGAAGGAUGAGAAGAACCACCACGACCUGGAGCACCGAGGCCCCUCAUCUUUUCACUCACCCCUGGCCAUUCCUCUGAAAGAACGCGAGUCGAGCACGAAUAACUCAGUUUCGCCAUCAGACAGCCUGCGGGCAGCAAGCGAGAAGCACCGCAGCUCAUCAGACUAUGGUCUCGAGUCCAAGAAACGCAAAGUGGACGACAAAGACAGCAUGAGCAGAUAUGACAGUGAUGGAGACAAAAGUGAUGACUUGGUGGUGGAUGUAUCCAAUGAGGAUCCGGCCACCCCUCGAGUUAGCCCCGCUCACUCCCCUCCUGAAAACGGGCUGGAUAAAUCACGAGUCCUGAAGAAAGAUGCUGCCCCCAACAGCCCCGCCUCUGUCGCCUCUUCGGGCAGCACGCCGUCCUCUAAAGCUAAGGACCACGCCCAUAAUGACAAGUCAUCUACGCCAAGCUUGAAGUCAAACACGCCUACACCGAGGAACGAGGCGCCGACACCUGGAACAAGCACCACUCCGGGACUGCGGCCUCUAACAAUGGGCAAACCGCCCGGCAUGGAGGCAUUGGCCGCACCAGCCCUGCGUACCCCCCUGUCCAUCGCCGGUUCUUAUGCCACUCCCUUUGCCAUGAUGGGUCAUCACGAGAUGAACGGAUCCCUGACGAGUCCUGGCGUGUAUCCGGGUCUCAUUUCCCCACAGAUGAGCGCUGCAGCCGCCGCCGCCUACGGACGCUCGCCAAUUGCGGGCUUCGACCCACAUCCUCACAUGAGAGCCCCUGGGCUGCCAGCCAGCCUCACUUCCAUUUCUGGAGGAAAACCAGCCUAUUCUUUUCACGUAAGUGCAGAUGGUCAGAUGCAGCCCGUGCCCUUCCCUCCAGAUGCACUGAUAGGGCCAGGCAUCCCACGGCACGCUCGCCAGAUCAACACACUCAGCCACGGGGAAGUGGUGUGCGCCGUCACCAUCAGCAAUCCCACACGUCACGUCUACACCGGCGGCAAGGGUUGUGUCAAGAUCUGGGACAUCAGCCAGCCAGGCAGCAAGAGCCCAGUGUCCCAACUCGACUGCCUGAACAGAGACAAUUACAUCCGCUCCUGCAAGCUGUUGCCUGAUGGCCGCACCCUAAUAGUGGGUGGCGAGGCCAGCACACUGACCAUCUGGGACCUGGCCUCACAGACGCCCCGCAUAAAGGCUGAGCUCACUUCCUCUGCCCCAGCUUGCUACGCACUGGCUAUCAGCCCUGACGCCAAGGUCUGCUUUUCCUGCUGCUCCGAUGGAAACAUCGCUGUGUGGGACCUCCAUAACCAGACCCUGGUCAGGCAGUUCCAGGGCCACACGGAUGGAGCCAGCUGUAUCGACAUCUCCCACGACGGGACCAAACUGUGGACCGGAGGCCUCGAUAACACGGUCCGCUCCUGGGAUUUGAGGGAAGGCCGACAGCUCCAGCAGCAUGACUUUACCUCACAGAUCUUCUCAUUGGGCUACUGUCCCACUGGGGAAUGGCUGGCCGUGGGUAUGGAGAGCAGCAAUGUGGAGGUGCUCCACCACACCAAGCCUGACAAGUACCAGCUGCACCUGCACGAAAGCUGCGUUCUUUCACUCAAGUUCGCCUACUGUGGUAAAUGGUUUGUGAGCACAGGGAAGGACAACCUGCUGAAUGCAUGGAGGACUCCUUAUGGUGCCAGCAUAUUCCAGUCGAAGGAGUCGUCCUCCGUCCUGAGCUGCGACAUCUCAGCAGAUGACAAAUACAUUGUGACAGGAUCCGGUGACAAGAAGGCCACCGUCUACGAGGUCAUCUACUAGAGAGAAAGAGGCUCCCGCUCUGCUUCAGCACUUCUACUGAGAUUAAAGUUUUCUCCCUGACCAACCGUCUGCGGGCUGCAGAUUUCUCAAAGUGUACUUGUGGAAAUCAGAGGCGCUGUCGGCCUGAGGAUGCUUGUACUGGAAAGAAAUUAACUUUUUUUUUUUUUCUUUUUUCGUCCUUUUGUCUUUGGGUUUAUUUUUGGGUUGCUCUUUUUUGGUCUUUUCCUUCCUCAAGAACAUUUGGAUGUAACCUGGUGAAGCAGCGCUUCAUUGUGAGAAACUCAUUCCCCAGACAUCUUGUGCAAAGUGUACAUAUUGGAAUAAAUAAGACAUUUUAUAUAUAUUAUAAAAAUAUAUAUAUUUUCAUGUCCUGGGUGUACUUGUGGUGAUUUUUUUUCUCCCCCUCCCACUCUGUUUGAUAUUUGAGUGGGACAUGAGAACUUUUUAACAGUUUUGCUCUUUGUUUUUCUUAAAGCACAUUCUGCAGGCUGAUCUUUUUUUUGGAAAUCAGAGGAGCACCAAACUUGUCGAUUUUUCAAAAAUGGCCUUUUUGUCACAGUGCUCUUACCGGACAAGAAAUCACAGUUCCUGUGUGAGACGGAGCCUCGGCCGCUUGGACUACUGUGGGAUCGAACGGGGCACUAUGAUUCGUGAAAAGAGAUGGAUGUAAAUUUCAUUCAUAUAUAUAUAUAGAAAUUCUUUUUAAAGUGUACUAAGUGUACUGCUCUGUCUGUGCUAUCUGUCCCCUGUUUGUUUUACCUUGUUAGUUUAAGGGAGAUGGGGAAACAUUUACGCUUAGCCUAACCCUUGGACCUCAGUUGGCAGCAGAAGCACAGCGGGCACAAACUGAAUGACAAUGUGCUUUUUGCUAACUUGACGUAAUGUGGAUGUUGAAUUGCUCCAUUGAUUUCCUGGCUACAGACCAAACUCAAACAGUCCAAUCUGUGCUAUUGGAAUCACUCUGCCCUUUGUAUCUUAUCAAUAUUCCUGGAACGUGUUUGUUUGGUCGUGACGGGGAGGCAGGCAGACGUUUGACCCGACUGACUGCGCGGAUCGGUCCGUCUCUACAGACGUACUCGAUGCCUGUAGAUGCUUGUUAAUAAUAAAAAGAAGAAGAAUGAGGAGGUGGUAAUGGCACUUAAAUAUAAACAACAGAAAAACUCAAGUUAGUGAAUCAAGGUGGUGUAAAAUUCAAACUGUGCUCCUGGUUCUUGUCAGCAUUUCCCACAACAAAGUAUGAACGGGGUGAAAUGCACCAGUCCCUCUGAAUAACACCAAAGUAUGUAGCAAAUGCUGUCGGCACUGAAAAGAAAUGUACAGUUGUUAAUAAAAUCAAUAAAACUGUUUUUCUA